CACGGACGGCUCCGGUCCGCUCGAUUCGAGAGAAUAAUUUCGCCCGAGGGGAGUAAAGUGGAAUUUCCCCUUCUUCCCGCGAGAUCAGAAGAGGCGUCUCGGUUCUGGAUAACGCGGAAGACCGGCGCGCACGCGUGGGUGAAGCUCAUCUGUUGUUCCCAUGGCGAUCGCGGUUGCCUCGUCGCCUUCCGCGACGGCCACCUCCAGUUCCGGCGUUGCUCCGCCGCGCUCCCGCGUGAGCUGCCGGCGGGAGCCCCGUGGGACGAGGAGCAUCGGUCGCGCUCGUUGCUCCCGCAGCCCCGCCAAGGGGGCGGAGCCGGGCAAGGAGCGGCAAACCCCGCAGGAUGACUCCAGUUAUCUAUGGAAACUGGGCCUCGGAUCCGUCGGCGGCGCGGCGGCUAUAAAGUACGGAAGCGUGCUGCUCCCUGACAUCACACGGCCCAACAUCGUGCAGGCGCUGCUCAUGGUGUCCCUGCCUGUAGUAGCCGCCGUCCUCAUCUUGCUCAAGCUCAGUGGGAGCGACACGGAGGAAUAGGAUGAGAAUCAGGAGGUCUUGUGUAAGCUUCGGAUGAUAUGUUGUGUCUUUAUUAAGUUCCAUUUUUUACUCGUACCUUGUAAGAUGAGGGCAAAAUAUGCUCGAUUCAGAAAAUAAUAGAGUGCGAGCAACGCACUUGUGACAAUGGCCUAUGCCUCAGCAAACGGAGGACAGGAGACGGAAGCUUCCUUUUGUUGAGAAAUAAAAAUGCAUCUGAGAUA